AACAUAAAACAACUCCGACCACCACCACCGCCGUCGUCGUUAUCCGCCAUGCCGCCACCGCCAAACCUCCCUCCACUACCACCACCACCAACUUUCUAUUGGGGAGAAACACCUGAAGAAGAAUUCUACAAAUCGCAAGGCGUUCGUAACUCCAAAUCAUACUUCGAAACACCUAACGGAAAACUAUUCACUCAAUCAUGGCUGCCGGCUGACGAAGAUCAACCGAUUAAGGCGGUUGUAUUCAUGACUCACGGUUAUGGAUCUGAUUCCAGCUGGUGUUUUCAGAAGAUCUGUAUUGAAUACGCUAAAUGGGGAUACGCUGUGUUCGCCGCCGAUCUACUUGGCCAUGGUCGAUCGGAUGGAAUCCAUGGAUACCUCGGUGAUAUGGAUAAAGUUGCUGAGACGUUGCUGUUAUAUUUUCUCAGUGUUCGCCGGAGUGAAACGUACUGUAAACUUCCGGCGUUUCUGUUCGGGGAGUCGAUGGGCGGCAUGAUCACCAUGCUUGUGUACUUUCAUUCAGAACCUGACACGUGGACGGGUUUAAUCUUUUCCGCCCCGCUUUUUGUCAUACCCGAAAACAUGAUACCAUCGAAGCUACAUUUGACCAUGUACGGUCUACUAUUCGGCUUUGCGGACACAUGGGCAGCAAUGCCAGAUAAUAAGAUGAUCGGAAAAGCGAUCAGAGAUCCCGAAAAACUGAAGAUAAUCGUCGUGAAUCCAAAACGGUACACCGGAAAGCCAAGGGUUGGUACGAUGAGAGAAGUGGUGAGAGUAACCAACUACAUACAAAACAACUUCCACAAGGUUACGACCCCUUUCAUAACGUUGCACGGUACAUCGGACGGUGUUACAUGCCCGACCGGGUCGCAACUGUUGUACGAGAAGGCGUCGAGUGAGGACAAGUCGCUGAAGCUGUACGACGGCAUGUACCAUUCGUUGGUACAAGGCGAGCCCGACGAUGCCGCCGAUCUCGUGUUGGCGGACAUGAAAGCGUGGAUCGACGAGAAGACAGAGAAGUAUGGUCAGAAAACCGACGGUAACUAAUCGGAAAAUUGAAACACAUUUUACCGUAAGCUGUGAUUAAUACGGAGUUCUAUCGGAAACACAUUGUGCCGAUUAUUGCAGAAACUAAACAUUUGACGUAUACUGAUGUUUAUUAUCUCGUUUUAUAUUUCUGACCACACACGUUAUGAGU